AUGGCAUGGACUACCAAAUUUACAAAGGAUGCUCUAUCUCAAGUUACGCAGGAACAACAACACCUUUCAAUGCAUAUUUCAAGAGCUUUCCUUAAAAGUAGGUUGUGUGGAAAGAAGGUGCUCAUUGUUCUUGAUGAUAUUGAUGACAUAGAACAAUUAGAGAAUUUAAGUUGGAGGAUGAAUUGGUUUGGAGUGACAAGUGUCUCAUAUCAAUGGAAAACAACAACUCUCGACUUUGGAUGCAUUGAUGUUAAUUCAAGAGAUGUGCAAAGCAAAUUGUUCGAAAAGAGAGCAUUGAACCAG